AUGGACAAACGAACUUCAUCGCCUUUCAGUCAAGCCCUCUAUGCCGUGGAAGUUCUGACAGACAGGAUAAAGAGUUUGGGACUUAGGGUUAGUGAGAGUGAUCGUGAUCGAGCGGAAUCUCAGAAUGAAGAAGAUGGGUAUAGGUUAUUAUCAUGGAGGAACAGCAUACAUGAGACAACUAGUCCUGCAAACAUAGAAGUGCCCGAUGGAGUUGAAAUCGAGGAGGAAGAAAACGAAUCACCACCUCCAUACGAUAUCGAUUCUCCCAUCUCACCAACCUCUCCGGGCUUCCCUACAUCCUCCCCUACCAGCCAGAAAACAAGGUUUCGACUAGAUUACCUAUUGAUAACAAUCAUCCUACUGGCUGUGGGUAGUACCAUCACCCUAUUCAUCAUAUUCCCUUUCCCAACGACUAUACCGGCCUUUGUUGGUCUAUUCACCAUAUUAUUAGGUUGGACAUUAACAACAUGGUUUAAAGUGAUGUAUCAUCUUUCCAAUAUAUUCAAAUCAAGAGAGAAGACUUCAAACCGGACGAAAAACUUCUUCAACAGGUUCUCAACUACGAAGAGAACCAUUUUAGCAACUUCGACGCUAUUUAUAUUGUUUUUAUCAUGCUUGGGAUUCUGUCCACCCAAAGAACAGGAUGUACCCAUCAGACCGGUGCAAGGAGAGAAAUACUUUGUAGCUGCAAAUCUACAUAAUAGUCAGGAUAUCUUACCUGGAUGGUCAAGUGAAUUGAUCAAAAUGAUAAAUUAUCUCGGAUCCGAUAACGUUUUCGUAUCGAUAUACGAAUCGAACUCUCAAGAUUCAACGAAAUCACUCUUAUCUUCUCUCAACGACACCUUACUGGAGAUGGGUGUGGGAAGGUCAAUCGUAACUGAGCAAGAUGAUAGACAUUGGUGGCCCUAUAAUACCUCGCCGGAGAGAAUAGGUUAUUUGGCCAAUGCGAGAAACAAAGCUUUGAAGCCUAUUCAAUCAUCUGAUCCUGAAAUUAGGCUAAAAGGAUUUAAUGAGUUUACCAAGAUUAUUUUCUUGAAUGAUGUUUAUUGGACAUGGGAGAGUAUGGUCAGGUUGAUCAAUACGAAGAUUGAGGGGAGGGACGAAUAUGACCAAGUUUGUGCGAUGGAUUUCGGCACGUCCGGUCUCUACGAUACAUGGGCAUCAAGAGAUAUAUGCGGUACACCCCUUCGACCAUUUUGGCCUUAUGUCAAAGAUGAAACCACAAUUGAUAGACUGAGGAAAGAAGAACCUUUUGAAGUUUCAUCGUGUUGGAACGGUGCGGUGGUAUUUAAAGCUGGGCCGUUCCUCUACACACCACAAGAGGAAGUUAGGGUAGAUGAGGCGGAGAUGAUAGAUUUAGAACAGAGUCAUGAUGGUAGACAUCUGGCGAAAAGAGGUUGGAAGAUGGUUGAUAAUCCCACCUAUCCCAACUCUGUCUUCUCACCUUCCUUGACCCUCCCUAUCCAAUUCCGUACAUCCAACAUAUCCGCAUGCGAUCACUCGGAAUGCUUCUUGAUCGGCUAUGACCUUCACAGGCUGUAUGAUACAGUCGACCGACCACCUAGGAUUUAUAUGAACCCAGCGGUGAAAUUGGCCUAUGAGAGGAAUUGGUUCGUAUGGCAUAAUACUGUACUGAGAAUUCCAGUCAUACAGUGGUGGCUAGAAAAUUGGAGUAGAGGUUAUCCGUUCUACUUUGUCGAUUGGAUAUGGGAAAAAGCAGGACGAAGGAGGGAUUAUUGCACAUGGUCUGCAUUGGCUGUACAUCUUCCUGAGAGAUGUCCUGCUUUACCUGGUGCGACCGAUAAGAAUUGGGAUCAGUAA